AUGAAGCUGCUGGUUUUCUUAUUUCUAAUAACUCUCUUCAUGUCUUGCACUACUUCAGCAUCCACCAUUAAACACCCCUUAGACCCUUUAACUCCAUCUGAGUUCAAGUUGGUUAGAACCACAGUCCAAAAAACAUACAAAGCUUCAUCUCCCACACUAACCUUUCAAUACAUUGGCUUGGACGAGCCAGACAAAGCGUUAGUCCUAUCAUGGGAAUCUUCAAACGCCAAAACCAAAGCCGCGAAAGUACCACCUCGUCGUGCUUUAGUCAUUGCCCGUUUCAAAAAACAAACCCUUGAGAUCAGUGUUGACUUGUCGAAAGGGUCCAUUGUCUCCACCAAAGUGCACACUGGGCAAGGCUUCCCUAUGAUCACGUUUGAUGAGCAAGACGCUGUUACGGAGCUUCCUUUUAAGUACAAACCCUUCGUGGAGUCAGUGCAGAAAAGGAACCUUAAUAUAUCCGAUGUUGUCUGCUCAACAUCCUCGGUCGGGUGGUAUGGGGAGAUAAAGAGCAAACGGACACUGAAGCUGCAGUGCUUUUACACGAAAGGAUCUUCUAACUUGUUUGCAAGACCGUUGGAGGGUAUUACAGUGGUUGCUGAUCUUGAUGAGAGAAAGAUAGUUGAAUAUUAUGACAACUUUAAUAUUCCUGUGCCUAAGGCUGAGGACACUGAGUACGUAGCUACAAAGCAAAAGCCACCAUUUGGACCAACGUUGAUGGGAGCAGCUUUUGUGCAACCAAACGGACCAGGAUUCAAGAUCGAUGGUCAUUCUAUCAGUUGGGCAAACUGGAAGUUCCAUGUGGGAUAUGAUAUUCGAGCUGGGCCAAUGAUCUCCCUAGCGUCGAUUUAUGAUCUUCAACAGCAAAGGUAUCGCCGAGUGUUAUACAGAGGAUAUAUAUCAGAGUUCUUUGUGCCAUAUAUGGACCCAACUGUAAAUUGGUACUUCAAGACCUUUCUUGACAGUGGUGAAUUCGGGUUUGGCCAAUCCAUGGUGUCACUUGAACCUUUGGCUGAUUGCCCAGCCAAUGCUGCAUUUUUGGAUGCAUAUUUUGCAGGAGAAGAUGGUGUACCAGUCAAAAUUUCUAAUGCAAUUUGUAUCUUUGAGAAGUAUGCUGGGGAUAUCAUGUGGCGCCACACAGAAUCAGAACUCCAUGACGAGGAGAUAAGGGAGGUUAGGGUUGAUGCGAGCCUGGUGGUGAGAACUGUCUCAACUGUGGGCAACUAUGAUUAUAUCAUAGAUUGGGAGUUCAAGCCAAGUGGUUCCAUAAAAAUGGGGGUUGGUCUGACAGGAAUUUUGGGUAUCAAAGGAACAUCAUACACCCAUGUGGAUCAAAUUAAGGAGAAUGUGUUUGGUACAUUGCUGUCAGAAAACACGAUUGGUGUGCACCAUGAUCAUUAUCUCACAUAUCACCUUGACCUUGACAUUGAUGGCGAAGCCAACUCUUUUAUGAAGACGAAUUUGGAGACCGUGACAGUAAGCGACGAGAGUUCAGGAAGGAAAAGUUACUGGUCUGUGGUGCGUGAAAUUGGUAAGACAGAGGCUGAUGGUCGAAUCAAACUUGGUUUGAAGGCAUCUGAACUAGCAAUUGUAAAUCCCAAUAAGCAAACAAAGGCUGGAAACAAAAUAGGGUAUCGUUUGUUCCCAGGAACAGUGGCUCACCCACUUUUGCUCAGUGAUGAUUAUCCACAAAUAAGAGGUGGCUUCACCAAUUAUAAUGUGUAUGUAACACCGUAUAACAAGUCUGAGAAAUGGGCAGGGGGGCUAUAUGCUGAUCAGAGCAGAGGAGAAGACACUUUAGCUGUUUGGAGUCUGAGGAAUAGGAGCAUUGAAAAUCAGGACAUAGUUCUAUGGCAUACAGUGGGGAUUCAUCAUGUGCCAUGUCAGGAAGAUCAUCCUAUCAUGCCAACACUGAGUGGUGGAUUUGAGAUAAAGCCAACCAAUUUCUUCGAGAGAAAUCCGGUUCUUAAAGCCAAAACUCCAAAAUCUAUGCGUUUGCCCAAGUGCAACUCUCAACCCUAA